AUGAAAUUGCGCGAAAUUGAUGUUUUGGAGGGAAAAGAGCGCGAAAGUGUAGUUAGUGAAUCAACUUUAGCAGACAGCGAAGAAACACGAUUGAGGCAAAAGCUAUGCGAGUGUUCAUAUGUUGCAGCACUAGCUUUUGCUCAGGCAGGUAAGCCACGAACAGAGGUGGACGGCUCCACAGAUGUUAGCAAUGUGAAACAACUGUUGGGACUCGUUUGUGUAAUUGGCAAACAGGACAUUAGGGAGCGGAUGCUAUUUUGUAAAAGUAUGGAGGGGCAAGCAGCAGGACAUUCACUUUUUCAAGAGAUAAUGGAAAGAACGGAUUUUUUUAAAUUAGAUUCGAAAAAAGGUGUAGCUAUUCCUUCCGACGGGGCUAGUUCGAUGACAGGGAAAAACGUGAGAUUUGUCAAAUAUUUCAAAGAAGUCGCGCGGAACUCUUCUUGGUAUCACUGCAUCAUUCAUAAGUAUGCUUUAGCGGUUAAACCUAUGCUUGCCUUAUUGAAGGAAGUGAUGCAUGAUUCGGUUAAAAUAGUAAAUUUUAUCAAAAGCAGUUCUUUAAAUAGACGUUUGUUUGCGGUACUUUUUGAAGAAUUGGGAGCGGAAUUUUCUCAAUUACUCUAUCACACUGAGGUGAGAUGGCUUUCCAGAGGCAAGGUUCUUAAUCGAAUAUUUUAUUUAAAAGAUGAAGUUUGCAUUUUGUUAAGUGACUCUAAACAUGAGUUAGCUUACAAAUUUGACGACAAAUUAGUGGCGGUACGGAACCGCAACCUUUUUGAAAACCCUUCGAUGACAGGGGCCAAAAGGUUAUCGCGACCUAAUCGCCGGACGCGGCUCUGUCGACAAAAGAGGAUGAGGAAGCAGCCCUCACCUUGGAGGAACGAGAAAGAAGAAUUGACGCCCGACGGUCUGCCAACGCGGAACGCGUGCCGUCAGCGAACUUAG